ACUCCCAAGAAUCUCGCAGCAGUCAGCUUUAUCUGCCCUAUGAAAAGGUUUGUGGCAUGACUCAAGGUUCAAAGAGGAUCUAAUACUUCACAAACCAGACACGAUUCAAGACGCACUUUUCCGUGCAAAUAACUGGAUGGAAGUAGAAGACGAAAAAGAAAGUUUUGCAAAAAGGAACAAACAAGCAAAACCAGCGGUCACCUUCCCUAUCAAAAAGUUUGAGCCUAGGGAGAACCAAGGACCAAAAAAGUUCGGAUCGCAACCCCUUAACAAUACCGUCGGGAAGCAAUUUCAAGGAAAAGGAAGGUCAACACUUGGAUCCAUGACGAAAGUUUGUAUUGUGACAUCCAUAAGGUAACCGGACACUUAACCAAAGACUGUAGUGUCCUCAAAAAACACCUCGCAGAGCUGUGGGCCAGUGGAGAUCUUUCUAAAUUCAAGAUAGAAGAUUUCGUGAAGGAAUAUCACGAAGCGAAGGAUACCCCCAAAGAUCAGAAUUUAAAAAGACCUAGGCAAUCCAACGAAGAAGAACCUAGAAGUUCGAAGGGAAAAAUCAAUGUGAUCCUUGGAGGUUCCAAACUUUGCCGAGAUACGAUCAGUGCCAUAAAAAAGCAUAGGCGAAAUGUUUUACUUAAAGCGAAUUUGGGCGAAGAAAUUGACUUCCAUGGCGCGUCAAUAUCAUUUGACGAAGAAGAAACACAUCACCUCGAAAGACCUCAUGAUAACGCCCUAGUCAUUACCCUAGACGUUGCCAACUUUGAAGUAUCGAGAAUUCUCAUUGAUACGGGCAGUUCGAUCGAUUUAAUCUUUUUAGGUACUUUGGAAAGGAUGGGAAUCAGUCGGGCAGACAUAGUGGGACCUCCGUCUCCUUUAGUGGCAUUCACAAGUGAGUCGGCCAUGUCUCUCGGGACGAUCAAGCUGCCAGUUCUUGCCAAAAAUAUGUCAAAAUAGUAGAUUUUGUUGUUUUUGAUAAACCGGCAACCUACAACAUCAUCCUUGGGACUCCAUGGAUUUAUCAAAUGAAGGCAGUCCCCUCGACAUAUCAUCAAUGCAUCAAAUUUCCAACUCCUAGUGGAGUGGAAACAAUUCGAGGAAGUCAAGAAGCUUCACGAACGUGUUAUCUGACCAGUCAUCGACUGAAGAUCCAAUAGCAAUUAACGAAACCUGCGAAGAAGGGAAUAAUUCCAAGAUUUCCUAGUGGGCAGAAAGAGGAUGAUGUAGUAAUCGAAGUAGUAUUAGAAGGAGACAAACCAGAUCGGAAAGUCCGAAUUGGAGCUACUUUGACUGGCGAAAUAAAAGAAGCUUUGAUCAAACUUCUAAGGAAAAACAAAACG